AUGUCUGCGCACCCAAUACAACCAUGGCAAGAUCUAGCGGCGGCUAAGAAAGCGGAACGAGACUCGCGGAUCCCUUCAGAAUGGAAGCUCAAGUCUGAUCAACUCCCACCCGAGGGGACUCGCGAUCUGAGAUCCGUCGCCGACACCUGUGGACUCCUCACGGACAAGGAGCUCGAAAUCACAGGCAAAGGAUACGAUGCCACGUCCCUGAGCGCCGCCAUCGCCAAAGGCAAAUACUCGGCAGUAGAAGUCACAACAGCAUUCUGCAAAAGAGCAGCUGUGGGCCACCAGCUUUGCAACUUUCUCACGGAGAUCAUGUUUGCAGACGCACUCGAGCAAGCCAAGAAGCUCGACGAGACGUUUCAAUCUACUGGCAAAGUCGUAGGGCCCCUUCACGGCAUUCCUAUGACUUUCAAAGAGUGCUUUCACUUUAAAGGGUACGACUCGACUAAUGGCUACUUGUCGCGAGUUGGUCAGCCAGCUACGACGACGUCGCCGUUAGCUCAGGUGUUGCAAGCGGCGGGUGCGAUUGUGAUUUCAAAGACAAACGUACCACAGACCAUGCUCGUCGCCGAAGCCGAGAAUAAUGUCUUUGGACGGACCAAGAAUCCCGUCGAUAGCAACUUGACGUCCGGAGGCAGCAGUGGCGGCGAGGGUGCCACGCAGGCAUUUCGCGGCAGCGCCGUGGGCAUUGGCACCGAUGUGGGCGGUUCAAUCAGGAUUCCCGCCGCUGCCAACGGCGUGUACGGCUACAAACCGAGUUUUGGUGUGAUCCCAAUGAUUGGCUACUCCUACUCUGGGUGGGCAGGGAGCAAUACGGGCAUCCCAGCCGUGACGGGCCCUCUGGGCCAUUCGGUGCGCGACCUGUCGCUCAUUGCGCAAGUAGCAAGACGGGCGGAACCCUGGCGCUUUGAUCCGGCCGUUAUUCCCAACAUUAUGGAAAUUCCAACGUCCUCUCGGAAGCCCAUUGUCGGCGUGAUCCAUCGAUCUGGCUUGACGCCUCACCCGCCCAUUCGUCGUGGUAUCGAGGAGGCCGUGGCCAAGCUCAAAGACGCUGGCUUUGAAGUGCGCAAUUUCACGCCGCCGGAUUUUCUCGAGAUCCGAAAGAUCACUGAACAGCUAUUCACUCUGGACGCCCUAUCGUACCAGAAGAAAGAGCUGGCCAAGACUGGCGAGCCCCCAGUGAGCUCGGUGCUCAACAUUGGAUUUUGGGACAUACCGCGAAAGAGCCAAGAACAGGCGUGGCAGUGGAACACGAAGAAGGGCGAAGUUCAGAAACAGAUGCUCGACGAGUGGCAGAGGGUGGGAUGCGAUAUUGUCCUGGCGCCAGCCGGUCCACAUACUGCUGUAAGGCCUGGCGAUUGGACUAGUGAUAUCUACACGGUGGCUUGGAACGCAGUCGAUUAUCCGGCGGUCAUCGUACCAUUUUCUCAUGCCGACCCAGAGAAAGACCCGGUUGACAAAGACUUCAAGCCCAUACAUGAAGCGGACGCCAAGAAUCAGGCAUUGUAUGAUCCCGAGCUUUUCAAGGGCGCUCCGGUGGCUCUACAGAUCGUUGGUCCUCGCCUUGGAGAUGCCCAGCUGUUGAAGGAUGCAGAGCUUGUUGACAGUGUGCUCAAUGGGAAGUCAUAG